CGCCAAACAAACUACUUCGUCUCUCAACGUGGAGUCCCUCCGCAAUGGUGUGCGAAGACCUCCUGCAUCUCCCCUUGAAGCCAGCUUAUUUUGAGGGAAAGCCUUUAUGCGCUUUGCACGCAUCUUGGCACUCCUAUUCUUAUGAUAUAUGGACAUCCCUGCGUUGUACCCAUUAUCGGAUUCCGGACACGCUCUAUUGACUUCUCAGAAUACAACAAUAAUGUCCUUCGGAAGUCAAGUCAAGUCAGUUGACCCGCUGUCUCCGAGCGACGAAGAAUUGGAGAGGGUAGCCUGUGAAUUGGUUUCGAAGGGCGUAGUAAUCGAAAAAAGUGUGUCUCAUCCUAAGUCCUUCACAACAGCAGACAAGUCGGUAUGCGCUGUUCUAGUACAUAGGAGGGGAGCAGAGGGGGCUGUGAGAGUCACAGGGCCUGGGACUCCGCAUCCUAUUCCAAACGUGAUUACAGGACCUAGUGAAAACGGCUGGGAUAUUAUUGCAGUAAAAGAAGGCCAAACAUGCAUGUUCUUCGGUAACCCGACAGUCCGGUUUUUUAAAGUUAAACAGGAAUGACCUCUUCAAUGCUCCAUCGACUCUGCAGAUCAAUCGAGGGAAAUGCUAAUAGAAGGCAAAGGGUCCCCGGAUAAGGGACAUUCCAUUUGGACGAUCUUGUCCAAUUCCUGAUUUUCUUGGAAGAAGUUAACGAGGUCCCUGA